GAGCGAAAAGGUGUUGAAUGGAUUUUGGAAACACCUGAAGAAAUAAUAACAUACCCAUUUUGAAUAUUUCCUCCGUUGUUGAGGAUUACUUCGGAACGAAGUUGUCAAGAAUAAAGUUGAUCUGGUAGAAGAAGAAGAAGGAAAAAUUGAGGCAGUCGGAGAAGAUCCUUUAUUUAGAUCCGAGUUGAAUUUUGUUCGAUUUAUCAACUUAUAUAAAAGUGAAUAUUCAGAGGCAGCAAACCACCUUGAUCUAGGUAGUCACGUUACAUUACUUCAUUCCAUUCUAUUACAUUGUUCUAUUUCCUCAUAGCAUCAGUCGUACAAAAGGAAAGAAUCAUCCUAGGGGAAGGAGCAAGGCACAGAAGCAAAAGCAUUUUUUUUUUACCUAGCCAAUAGCCGGGUAUAUCAUCAUGUUCAUUCUCACCAAAAUUGCCGAUUUAGUUCAGAUCGCGCCUCAAGAUUUGGGGAAAAAUGCUAGUCAAGCAAUUGAGGAUAACAUCAACCUUAAAUAUGCCAACAAGGUGAUCCAGAAGAUUGGUCUUUGUAUCUGCUUUUAUGAUCUUCUCUCGGCUUCAGAGGGUUUGAUUGGUCAUGGUGAUGGUCUUGUAAAUGUCAAUGUUGAAUUUCGCAUCGUCGUGUUCAGACCUUUCAAAUUUGAAAUCAUGACAGGAAGAAUCAGCAGUUCUAUUGAGAGUGGUAUUAGAGUUCGCACUCACUUCUUUGAUGAAAUCUUCGUUCCCGCAAAAAUGCUACCAGAGGGCUCACACUUUAACCACAACGAGCAAGUUUUUGUCUGGGAGACUGAAGAAGGUACACAACUUUACUUCGACAACCAGGAAACAGUGCGAUUUCGGGUCGACUCUGAGCAAUGGAAUGAUCAAGCACCAUUGGGUCCCGAAAAGCAAGAUGACAGUGAGGAAUCACGAGUAAUUGAAGCGCCUUACAAGAUAGUAGCUUCGAUGGAAGAAGUUGGAUUGGGACCUUGCUUAUGGUGGGACUAAGGAGAAACAGAUGUUCGAGAAGUUUCAAGGGGGGGCAAAUAAGUUGUGUGGAGCAACAUCAUAUGCAUUUCUGGAGUUUAGGAAACAGUCUAGGGUCUGGAGUUCAUUGAAAAUCGAUAGGCUCUUAGGGCUGCCUUCAGGUAUAUUAGAAUUUGGAAAAAGAAAUCCCGACA